AUACUGUAGUAACAGUAAUUGGAAUAAAGCUGCACUACUGUGUUCCAUUUCACUUUCUGUUUAUUCAUUUAAAAAAAUAACAUUGUUUGAAAUUAACCAGUGGGUGCUAGUGGGCGGAGAUUCAGAAGACUGUAAACAAACCAUCCUCAAACAAAUUCUUAAUUCUGUGGACUGCGGUGAACAACAGGACUCCUGAAAAGGAUUCUGCAUUCUCUACUCUCACUGGGGUUUAAAGCACUAUUAUAGGAAAAAGAUGGCUUCACAGACAGAUUCGAUACUGAGAGUUGGUGGCAGUUGUGGCAGCAUUGGAAGAAUUUGCAAUAAAGAGAACAAUCCCAGAACCUGUUCUUCACAACCUUUCAACAAGCCAUUCAUGUGCUUACACAAGUUCGCACGGGGAAAGAAAAGCCUCAAGCGUAAAGUACUUAAGUUGUUGGCACAAAUAAAGGGAACGGACAAAGAGAAAGAAGAUUUCACCCUUGAUGAGUCUAAAUGUAUCAUCAGAGAGCUUGCUGCUGAACUGAGCAAGGUAGUUCAGAUCAGCAACACCUCCCUUCUGACCAGAGUGAAUGAGGAUGGAUCUUGUCAAGAGGAGCGUCAAGACUUUAUACUGCAGUGGGCUGAGGAACUGAAACACUCAUCGCAGACACAACAGACACCAGCAGGGAAAAUCACAAGACACAGGAGAAGUGACGACCUUCCUGAUCAACAGAAACCAGACAGGGAACAGAAACUGAGGGAAGCCACGAAAGCCCUGUCUGAGUGGGCCUGGAGACUCAAGGAUAUGGAACAGGACUCAGUGUGCCCGAGUGAGGAUGUGUGUUCAGUACUGCAGGACCUGGAAAGACAGAGGAAGAGGGGGAAGCUUCCCAACAUGCUCCCUGUCAUGGACUUCCUCAUCUGGAGCAUAAUACAGGAACAGCAGCAGGGUUCUAUUGUAAAGCAUUGGCUCAGAAAUAGACAAAAGUCCAGAAGUCGAGUGACUCUGAAUCGCGUUCCUGACUCAAUUUGGACCUUGAUUUUGAAAGCAUCAGUUGAGAUCACUCUGGAUGAAAAAACAGCCAACCCAAAUCUCCUACUGUCCGCUGACAGGAAAAGAGUGAAAAUGGCCACCAUCAUUGAGGAUGUUUUCGAUCCCUGGGAUGGAUACAGCCCUAGUUCCCACAAGUAUAAUGGCUGGUGGUGUGUGCUUGCAAAGGAGGGCUUUACAUCUGGGAGACAUUACUGGGAGGUGAGAGUCAGGGGCAAGGCAGAGUGGAGGAUAGGUGUGGUUAGAGAGUCAGCACCAAGGAAUGGCUUUGCAAAUCUGAACACAGAAGCUGGUUACUGGAACUUGCGUCUGCAGCUUGGGGAGCUCAUGGCUCUAAGUGCACCAGUCAUUAAACUGAACCAGUCUCCACCCUCUAGGUUAGGGGUGUUCCUAGACAUAGAGGGGGGACAGGUAUCCUUCUAUGAUGCAGAGGAAAGAUGCCACAUUUACACUUUUAAUGUCAAUUUUGAUAACUCUGGAAGGGUUUACCCUGUGUUUGGAACCAUUGAGACAGACAAAGAGCUGGUUAUUCUGUAGGGAAAAUAACUUGAUGCAAGCUGUCCGGCUUACUUUAUGGACAUCUCAAUGUAUAGUUGCUAACUGUCUCAACUCACAAAUCCUUUAGAUUACAAAAGGUGUUCCUCAAGAGUCCAUUUUAGGGCCCGUAUUAUUCACACUGUAUGUAAGCAAUUGGUGGAGAACAGCCUUGGUCAGAGAGGUGACCAAGACACAAUGGUCACUCUGACAGAGAUCCAGAGUUCCUCUGUGGAGAUGGAAGAACCUUCCAGAAGAACAACCUUCUCUGCAGCACUCCACCAAUCAGGCCUUUAUGGUAGAGUGGCCAGACAGAAGCCAUUCCUCAGUAAAAGGCACAUGACAGCUCGCUUGGAGUUUGCCAAAAGGCACCUAAAGGAAUAAGACGAUGAGAAACAAGAUUCUCUGGUCUGAUGAAACCAAGAUGGAACUCUUUGGCCUGAAUGCCAAGCGUCACGUCUGGAGAAAACGUAUAUGUUUAAAAUAUAGAUAUAUAUAUUUCACCUUUAUUUAACCAGGUAAGCUAGUUGAGAACAAGUUCUCAUUUAUAACUGCAACCUGGCCAAGAUAAAGCAAAGCAGUGCGACACAAAGAACAACACAGAAUUACACAUGGAAUAAACAAGCGUACAGUCAAUAACACAAUAGAAAAAAAUAAAGUCUAUAUACAGUGUGUGCAAAUGGCAUGAGGAGGUAAGGCAGUAAAUAGGCCAUAGUAGCAAAGUAAUUACAAUUUAGCAGAAUAACACUGGAGUGAUAGAUGAGCAGAUGAUGGUGUGUAAGUAGUGAUACUGGUGUGCAAAAGCGCAGAAAAGUAAAUAAAAACAAUAUGGGGAUGAGGUAGGUAGAUUGGGUGGGCUAUUUACAGAUGGACUAUGUACAGCUGCUCAGAUAGCUGAUGUUUAAAGUUAGUGAGGGAAAUGUAUGUCUCCAGCUUCAGCGAUUUUUGCAAUUCGUUCCAGUCACAGGCAGCAGAGAACUGGAAGGAAAGGCAGCCAAAGUAAGUGUUGGCUUUGGGAAUGACCAGUGAGAUAUACCUGCUGGAGCGCGUGCUACGGGUGGGUGUUGUUAUCGUGACCAGUGAGCUGAGAUAAGCCUUACCUAGCAUAGACUUAUAGAUGACUUGAAGCCAGUGGGUCUGGCGACGAAUAUGUAGCAAGGGCCAGCCGACUACAGCAUACAGGUCGCAUUGGUGGGUGGUAUAAGGCACUUUGGUAACAAAACGGAUGGCACUAUGAUAGACUGCAUCCAGUUUGCUGAGUAGAGUGUUGGAAGCUAUUUUGUAGAUGACAUCGCUGAAGUCGAGGAUCGGUAGGAUAGUCAGUUUUACUAGGGUAAGUUUGGCGGCGUGAGUGAAGGAGGCUUUGUUGCGAAAUAGAAAGCCGAUUCUAGAUUUGAUUUUGGAUUGGAGAUGUUUGAUAUGAGUCUGGAAGGAGAGUUUACAGUCUAACCAGACACCUAGGUAUUUGUAGUUGUCCACGUAUUCUAGGUCAGAACCGUCCAGAGUAGUGAUGCUAGUCGGGCGGGCGGGUUCGGGCAGCAAACGGUUGAAAAGCAUGCAUUUGGCUUUGCUAGCAUUUAAGAGCAGUUGGAGGCCACAGAAGGAGUGUUGUAUGGCAUUGAAGCUCGUUUGGAGGUUAGUUAACACAAUGUCCAAAGAAGGGCCAGGUGUAUACAGAAUGGUGUCGUCUGCGUAGAGGUGGAUCAGGGAAUCACCAGCAGCAAGAGAGACAUUGUUGAUAUAUACAGAGAAAAGCCAGAGAAUUGAACCCUGUGGUACCCCCAUAGAGACUGCCAGAGGUCCUGACAACAGGCCCUCCGAUUUUACACACUGAACUCUGUCUGCGAAGUAGUUGGUGAACCAGGCGAGGCAGUCAUUUGAGAAACCAAGGCUAUUGAGUCUGCCGAUAAGAAUACGGUGAUUGACAGAGUCGAAAGCCUUGGCCAGGUCGAUGAAGACGGCUGCACAGUACUAUCUUUUAUCGAUGGCGGUUAUGAUAUCAUUUAGUACCUUGAGCGUGGCUGAGGUGCACCCGUGACCAGCUCGGAAACCGGAUUGCACAGUGGGAUUCGAAAUGGUCAGUGAUCUGUUUAUUAACUUGACUUUCAAAGACUUCAGAAAGGCAGGGCAGGAUAGAUAUAGGUCUGUAACAGUUUGGGUCUAGAGUGUCACCCCCUUUGAAGAGGGGGAUGACUGCGGCAGCUUUCCAAUCUUUAGGGAUCUCGGACGAAACGAAAGAGAGGUUGAACAGACUGGUAAUAGGGGUUGCAACAAUGGCGGCGGAUAAUUUUUGAAAGAGAGGGACCAGAUUGUCUAGCCCAGCUGAUUUGUACGGGUCCAGGUUUUCCAGCUCUUUUAGAACAUCUGCGAUCUGGAUUUGGGUGAAGGAGAAGCUGGGGAGGCUCUGGCAAGUAACUGCGAGGGGUGCGGAGCUGUUGGCCGGGGUUGGGGUAGCCAGGAGGAAAGCAUGGCCAGCCGUAGAGAAAUGCUUAUUGAAAUUCUCGAUUAUCAUGGAUUUAUCUGUGGUGACCGUAUCGCCUAGCCUCAGUGCAGUGGGCAGCUGGGAGGAGGUGCUCUUGUUCUCCAUGGACUUUACAGUGUCCCAAAACUUUUUGGAGUUAGAGCUACAGGAUGCAAAUUUCUGUUUGAAAAAGCUAGCCUUUGCUUUCCUGACUGACUGUGUGUAUUGGUUCCUGACUUCCCUGAACAGUUGCAUAUCGCGGGGACUAUUCAAUGCUAUUGCAGUCCGCCACAGGAUGUUUUUGUGCUGGUCAAGGGCAGUCAGGUCUGGAGUGAGCCAAUAAGCAAAAGGGGCAUGCCCAGAGGGGCAUGCUUAUUUAAGAUGGUGAGGAAAUUACUUUUAAAGAACAACCAGGCAUCCUCGACUGACGGGAUGAGGUCAAUGUCCUUCCAGGAUACCUGGGCCAGGUCGAUUAGGCAGGGCCUGCUCGCAGAAGUUUUUUAGGGAGCGUUUGACAGUGAUGAGGGGUGGUCGUUUGACUGCGGACCCAUAGUGGAUGCAGGCAAUGAGGCAGUGAUCGCUGAGAUCCUGAUUGAAAACAGCGGAGGGCAAGUUGGUCAGGAUAAUAUCUAUGAGGGUGCCAAUUUUUACAUAUUUAGGUUUGUACCUGGUGGUUUCCUUGAUAAUUUGUGUGAGAUUGAGGGCAUCUAGCUUAGAUUGUAGGACUGCUGGGGUUGUUAAGCAUAUCCCAGUUUAGGUCACCUAACAGAACGAACUCUGAAGAUAGACACAUAUGGUGUCCAGGGCACAGCUGGGAGCUGAGGGGUGUCUAUAACAGUCGGCAACAGUGAGAGACUUAUUUCUGGAGAGAUUCAUUUUUUAAAUUAGAAGCUCGAACUGUUUGGGCUUGGACCUGGAAAGUAUGCCAGAACUUUGCAAGCUAUCUCUGCAGUAGAUUGCAACUCCUCCCCCUUUGGCAGUUCUAUCUUGAUGGAAAAGGUUGUAUGGAAAUCUCAGAAUAUUUGGUGGCCUUCCUAAUCAGAAUUCAGACACGGCAAGGACAUCAGGGUUGGCGGAGUGUGCUAAAGCAGUGAGUAAAACAAACUUAGGGAGGAGGCUUCUGAUGUUAACAUGCAUGAAACCAAGGCUUUUUUGAUUACAGAAGUCAACAAAUGAGAGUGCCUGGGGACACGCAGGGCCUGGGUUGCCUCCACAUCACCCGAGGAACAGAGGAGGAGUAGGAUGAGGGUACGGCUAAAGGCUAGAAAAACUGGUCGUCUAGUGCGUUGGGGACAGAGAAUAAAAGGAGCAGAUUUCUGGGCGUGGUAGAAUAGUUUCAGGGCAUAAUGUGCGGACAGGGGUAUGGUGGGGUGCGGGUACAGUGGAGGUAAGCCCAGGCACUGAGUGAUGAUAAGAGAGGUUGCAUCUCUGGACACGCUGGUUAUACUGGGUGAGGUCCCAGUAUGUAUUUCAGAGGCAGGGACUGGGAGACUAGCCAGGAUCGAAGGAAAGAUGAAAGGAGCAAAGUACAUAGAGAUCCUUGAUUAAACCCUGUUUCAGGGUGGCUACUUUGAAGAAUCUCAAAUAUAAAAUGUAUUUUGAUUUGUUUAAGCCUUUUUUGGUUACUACAUAAUUCCAUAUGUGUUAUUUCAUAGUUUUGAUGUCUUCACUAUUUUUCUACAAUGUAGAAAAUAGUAAAAAUAAAGAAAACCCUUAAAUGAGUAGGUGUGUCCAAACCUUUGACAGGUACUGUAUAUAAAUAUGAUAUUUCAGUUUUUUAUUCUUAAUAAAUUUGCAAAAAUGUC